AAGGCACACCACAAUUUUCGCGCACCGCAGUUUAACAACCAAAAAUGGAUUACCCGUACCUCGGACAGCACAACUCCUUCGACACGUCAUGCACACUUCCGGGUAUGGAGUCUGCACUGCAGAACUGCAACAUACCAUGCAGCUACGGCGACUCGAACCCUUUCGGGCAGAUGGCCCAGGGGUACCGGUACAACGGGGUUCGUUCCUUUCCGCCGGGACCGGCCAUGGGAUCUACUUCCUGUUCCAUGAUGCCGAGGCCGCGUGAUCCAACCCAGCCGGCUGUUUUCCCAUCUGGGCUGUCGUACAAGAUGUACCAGCAUGGGCACGAGAGCGGGAUCAGCCCCGAGAAGCGGAAGCAGCGGCGCAUCCGGACCACGUUCACAAGCGCCCAGCUGAAGGAGCUGGAAAAAGCGUUCUCCGAGACGCACUACCCGGACAUCUACACACGCGAAGAGAUCGCCAUGAGGACGGACCUCACUGAGGCCCGGGUACAGGUGUGGUUCCAAAACCGGCGAGCUAAGUUCCGAAAGAUGGAGCGAGCAAAACAACAACAGAGCAGUCAACCCCAGAGCCCCACUGUGAAACAGGAAAACACUAGCUCCGUCAACAACAACACCAAUAACAGCAAUAACAACAAUAACAACAACAAUAAUAACACACAGAAAGAAAAACCAAAGCCUAUGGAGGAUCAGAGAGAAAAAUCGCCUAUCGAUAACCAAAAGUGGUCAAGCCCGAUGAACAACGCGAACAAGAUGACGUCAUCGAUGUUGGGCGUUCCGUCACUUCCGGGUCCUUAUUCCAGCAUCCUGUCUUCCAACGUGUCAGAAUAUCCUCAAAAUGGCAUGGACUCAAAACUCCCGAUCUCUGCACCAAUGUUUUAACUUGCCUACUAGCUUUGUAAGCAGGAACACAAUUGACGUUUUGUUAAGGGUAUCAACGGUAGG